AUGGCGCUUGCCGAGUUGAAGCAGAAAGUUAUUCAUGACUUAGGCCAAGAACAUCUCUUCCCUCCUAAUGCCUCACCUGAAGAUGAGACGCGUCUGCUGCAGCAGCUAGCAGCAGCAGAUGCUUCUUACCCUGGGGGUUUGGAGGCGUAUAUAAGACGGUCUCGCAAGCUGCUGGAGGAUGUAAAGGCGGGAGUAAAUCCUUUUGCUGGUUUGCACGUCGCAGUUCCUUCAGGCGAGCAUCUGGUUCCGGGUUCUUCUUCUUUUAUUGCUUAUGAAGAGGAAGGGCUUCUGGAAGUGCAGAGUUGUGCAUUUGUCUUCGUCGCUGGAGGCCUUGGAGAGCGGCUGGGGUAUAACGGCAUAAAGCUGAGUCUCCCAGUGGAGAGCUGCACUGAAACGAGUUAUAUUGAAUAUUAUUGCAGCUUUAUUCGCGCCUUUCAGGAGUAUGCAGCAGCAAAAACAAAGAAAGCUGUGCACAUACCUUUAGCGCUCAUGACCUCCGCAGAUACCCACGACGCCACGGUUUCGCUUUUUAAAUCGAAGAACUUUUUUGGUUUAAAUAAAGAAGAAGUAUUUUUCCUUCAACAGCAAAAAGUUCCGGCGCUAGCAGAUAUGCAAGCACGCCUAGCUACGAAUGCUAAAGAUCCUUUUGUUCUAGAAACGAAGCCCCAUGGCCACGGCGAUGUACAUUCUCUUCUUUUAAACUCGGGCCUUCUUUCUUCUUGGAAAGAAAAGGGAAUUAAAUGGGUUUUACUCCUCCAGGAUACAAAUGCAAAUGUUAUGAGGGUACUAAUGGCAGUCGUCGGCGUCUCGAAACGAAAAAAUUUCACCAUGAAUUCAAUUGCUGUCCCCAGACGACCCGGAGAGGCAGUUGGGAGUAUUUGCCGUUUGGUUUCACAAGAAAAAGAAUUAACAAUAAAUGUUGAGUACAACUUGCUAGACUCUCUCCUAAAGGGGGCAGGCCAAGAAGGAGACAAAGCGGGGCCUUUGGGUUAUUCAUCUUUGCCCGGCAACACCAACGCCAUCGUCUUGCAACUCUCUAAUUAUUUUAAAGCAUUAAACCAAAGCAAAGGGAUGGUCCCUGAAUUCAUUAACCCCAAAUUCAAAGACGCCACGAAGACAUCGUUUAAAUCCCCGGCCCGGCUUGAGAGUAUGAUGCAAGACCUUCCUCUUCAGCUCAACCCCACAGACAAAGUGGGUUUUGUUGAGCUGCCUCGCUGGUGUUGUUUUAGCCCAGUGAAGAACUCGUUAGAUGAAGCCAGAAGAAAAACAGAAAACAAAUUACACCCGGAGUCGGCUAUCAGCGGAGAAGCGGAUUUUUAUUUUCAAAACGCACAGUGGUUGCAGCUUGCUGCAGCUGAUGCUGCAGCUGCUGCGGAUGCUGCUUCUGCUGCUGUUUCUGCUGAUGCUGCUACUGCUGGUGCUGCUGGCGAGGGAAGCAGCAGCAGCACCAGCAGCACCAGCAGCAGCAGCAUGAAGUUGGGGGCCAAGGAGGUGACGAUAGCGGAGCCGGAGUUGGUUUGCUUUGAAGGCGUUCGAUAUAAAAUGGGGCCUAAGGUGGUGCUUUCGCCUUCGUGGGCGGUGUCAAUACAGCAGAUGAAGGAAAAACUAAACGGAGCUUCUGUUCGCAUUGAAAAAGAUUCGGUGUUGAUUAUUUCGGGAGACGUUCAAAUAAAGAAUUUAAAAGUGGACGGAGCGGCGGUGUUGAAAGCAGAAGAAGGCGCCUCGUUAGUCAUCGAGAAUCUUCAGGUGACGAACAAAGGCUGGAAAUUUGAAUCGGUCUCAGCCGAGAAAGGUGGUUCGGCUGCUGCAGCUCUGCGUGGUUUUACAGUGGAGAGGGAGCAGACAGAAGAAAUUAUUGCUCUCAAAGGAGAGAAAGAAGUUGUUAACAGGGAAUAA